CAGCCAGUGGCAGAAGCUGAUGGGUGGAACAAACAGGGCAUGAAAAGACUAACAUGACUAACGGAUCUUAAGAAUUGUGGCUCCUCUGGAUCUCCAGGAAUGUAGGCACGGGCACCCCUCCGCAGCUCUCCGGCCAACCUCCUGCCUCAGAGUGGAUCUGUUACUCACAAAGCAGAUCUCCUUCUGCUUUGCGGGCUGAGGAAGGCUAGGGAAGAACAUGGCCUGCAUUUUGAAGCACCUUGACCUGAUUGGCGCGUCGGGGAGUUACUGACUGUGGGAAGAUUUUAACAUGAAGUGAGAACACAAACUUUGUUCAGGAGCUGCAUAGAAAUAUAAUGUACAGUUUUGGGGUGCAGCCUGUUGCUCCUCCAGCGCUCCUCCAACUCUCUUGGCCCCCAACCAUACCUAAAACGUUAUAACUUUCUUUUCUUUAUUAUGGAAAAACAACCGACAAUGAUACUUAGAAAGAAGUGGUAGUUUGAAUGGGAGUUUGUUUUGUAUAGAGGAGAAGACCAUCCUCCCUCCACUACCAGUGCAGAAACACAGACUGCUAGCCUCUUAGCAGGAUAGUCAAUUUCUUCUUCCAAGGUGACUGGCAAUGGUGAGAAGAUACAAUCCCAUCAGUCCUCUGUCAGUUCACUGACCUUCUAUGUGGACUGCAGGGAAAGAGGCUUUCUUUCCCCUGUGAUCUAGCUCAAAAACAAAGCAGGCUGGUGGAGGAAUGGAGGGAUGCAUUCUCCUCCUCCGCUUGAACACUCCCUCACCUGCAUUGACUUCCUGGCCACCUAUGGCCACCAGCGCAAGGCUAUUAUUGUGCUUGGUUUUGUAACCGCCUUUCUGCUCCUGAUCAUUGCCCGCCUUACAAACGAAGUCAGCUUUCCUGUGAUAUUCAGCUGCUUUGGACAAGCAAGUACCAAGUGGAUGCCAUUUUAUACACAACGACAACCUUUGAGGACACACUAUGGAUAUAUGAAUGUGAGAACCCAAGAGCCUCUACAACUGGACUGUGACCUGUGUGCCAUCAUUUCAAAUUCAGGUCAGAUGUCUGAACAGAAAGUAGGAUUUGAAAUUGACCAGUCCUCAUGUAUCUGGAGGAUGAACAAUGCUCCCACCAAGGGCUAUGAAGAAGAUGUUGGGAAGCGGACCACAGUGAGAGUCGUCUCCCACACCAGUGUUCCCCUUCUGCUUAAGAAUCCCGAAUAUUUUUUCAAGGAAACCAACAGCACAGUUUAUGUCAUCUGGGGACCUUUUCGAAACAUGAGGAAAGAUGGCAGUGGCAUUGUGUACAACAUGCUGAAGAAGACUGUGGAGAGCUACCCUGGGGCAAAAAUCUAUGUGACCACAGAGAAGCGCAUGAGUUACUGUGAUGAAGUAUUUAAGAAGGAAACGGGGAAAGAUAGAAUCCAGUCAGGAUCCUAUCUCAGUACUGGUUGGUUUACCUUAAUUCUGGCUAUGGAUGCUUGCUACAGAAUACAUGUCUAUGGGAUGAUAAAUGACACCUACUGCAAGUCAGAAGGCUUUAGGAAAGUUCCUUAUCACUAUUAUGAGCCUGGAAGAGAUGAAUGUGACGAGUACUUUCUGCAUGAAAAUGCACCCUAUGGAGGUCACAGGUUUAUCACAGAAAAAAAAGUGUUUGCUGACUGGGCUAAGAGGCGCACGAUAACAUUUACACAUCCUAACUGGACAUUGUCAUGAUGCUGGUUCUCACAGUCUUCCCUUAAGGAGCAUAAUGUUCCUUUCAAGGCAUGCCACAGUUCACAGUGAUAUUUUCAACUUACUUGACUUCCACAACUUGAGUGGCAUGGAAGAAACAAGAUGGUCCCACCAUUUAACAAGAGGGAUGUAACUUAUCCAUCUAUGGAAGACAUACAGGAUGCUUAUUCUAUCUCUUAGGGUUGGGGUAGAAUAAUGCAAUUUGUUUUUAAACUGGACUUUAUUUUUAUUAUUUUUUUAAAUCAAGAUGGUAACAGUUUGGUUUUAAUAUGAUAAUGUUCUUAAGGAAGGAAAUACACAAUCUCACACAGUCCCACUCUCCUGUUUGUGUAGAAAUGAUAUAAAUACUUGAAUUUAGAUUGUGAAUUAGAGUUUUCAUUACUAAGAGAACCUUCUUGUCUUAGGCACAGAUUGUUAAGGGCCAGCUGCGUAUGUGUUUGUUUGUUUUUUAAAAAAUAUACGCAUGGCUACAAAUUCACAUUAUAUGAGAAAAUUAGAGAUGGGUUAAGAAAGAUUCCUGAACUCCAAUUAGUUUCUACACAUGGGGAUUUUGUAUGUUUGAAUCCCAGGAGUACUUCAUAUGUUGUGAAUGACAACCUGCUGCAACAGCAGUUCAACAAUCCAGGCUUUCUGGACAUUGCCUCAAAUUUUCCUGGCAUGCAUCAACACAGCUACCUUCUGCUCUAAAAAAAUACUCCAUAGACAUGUACAGCAUGUUUCAUUAGGGUGUGCACCCAGGAAUUUAUUGAAUACAUAUUCAUACUCUGUCAUAACGGAUAUUACUUUUAUACAUCAAAUGAACUAAAGUAACGAAUUUUUUUUUAAAAAAAAUAACAACUAAAAUAUCAUUUAUUUAUUUAUUUUGCUGUAGUGAUAAACAGGUGUAUACAAAGGUACAGUCAAGUUUUAUUUUUCUUUAUAUUUAAUUACACAACCAGAAUUGACCAAAACAGAUUAAGGGUGCUUCAUCUUCCUGACUUAGAGAACGAGAUGCUUCUCACCAUGUGUUAUGGACCUGAAUUCCUCAACCACAUCAUUCUAAUUAACUGAAAAGCAGCCCUUCACUCCCACAGAUAUCUCUGCACAAAAGGUGACAAGUAGAGCUCGGGUGGAGACAGAACUAUGAGACAGAAUCAGAUUAUGGCAGAAGAAGAAGGCUGGAAUGUCCAACUUCCUCCCUUACUGCCACUACUGAAGCCAAUCAUCUCAUCAAGGCUUCCAGGGACAGACUCAGGCAGAAGCUGCAGCUCCAGCCCAGAUCCAUUCCAGCCUUUUUAUUCUGUCUAUGUCUCUCUGUCUGCUUCCCUUCCCUUCCCUUCCACCUUUGUCUUUCUCCCACCACUUUUCCCCACAGGUCCUGGCCACUGAGGUAGCUGUGUUGUCACUUUGUUCUCUUUCCUCCACACCACAAUUAAAAAAAAACAAGAAGAACAAUGGCACACCCUAUGUGCAUGCCUGCAGUAUGUACACUCCCUUUUUGGAGCAGAACUUCUACAGCUGUUGUCUGAAAUCUUAAGGAAGGUCCGCAGACCUGCAUGUGGAAAUAGAGGCCCUGGGAUCUCAUACCUCUAAAAUGGUUUUGGAUAGCAAAUCCUUUGUGGUCUUGAGCAGUUUAGCUCAGCUCUCUGCCUCAAACUCUCCAUGUUGAAAAAUGGGGAUAAUACCUACCUCACAAGGCCAUUGUGAAAAUGAGUGUAUGUUGGUGAUAGUUCAUUCGAAUUGCUUCUUCCUAGCCAGGGGAGCUUCAUACACAUUCCUCUAUGUUUUGUACUUUGAGGAACAAUGAAUCUAAAGUGUGAAUCCAUGCUAUCCAAUGAUGGCUGCAUUUGGAUGUCAUAAUAAAUUAUGGUGUAUCGUGACAGGAGUAAACCCAGCCUUCUUUGUGACUCAUGCAGUAUGUGCUCCGCUUGCCUCCUCUGGUGUGGCCACAAGGAGGAGUUUAGAAGCGAUCACUUCAGAUUUCAGUUAACCACAGUUUAGUAUUACAUCCAUACCCUAAACAUUGGUUAAUGUUAACUAUGGUUUGUUGAAAUAAGCCAGCUUCGUAAUAUAUGGGUUGAAGUUUGCUUUUUUUCAACAAACCAUACGUAACAGUAGCCACAGUUUUACAGUUGCUUUAGCACAGGCAUCCCCAAACUGCGGCCCUCCAGAUGUUUUGGCCUACAACUCCCACGAUCCCUAGCUUACAGGACCAAUGGUCAGGUAUGAUGGGAAUUGUAGUCCAAAACAUCUGGAGGGCCGAAGUUUGGGGGGUGCCUGCUUUAGCACAACAAGAUUUGGCUAAUCAAAAACAGAAGUGAAAACUUCCAAAUUCCUUGUUACUGGACUGCAGGAAGCAACAGAACCCAGAGGGAGGCUAGGCUCUCAUUGCUUUCAAUUUAUCAUGACACCCAACCUCUAAAUAUCUUCAUUCCUAUUGCAACCACUCAAUGUGCAUUGAUUUCUUCUGAAGGUUCUUGUUCUCAGAAAACUAUCCCUUUAAUGGGUGGAGCUCAGGAAUGUUUUGUAUUUGCCCAGUUCUAAUUGAAAUCCUACCCUGAUUUAUCUGUUUGUGUGGGAAUCAUACAAAAGUUAGAUAAUUAGCUCAGCAAAUUAGUUAUGAGCCUAUGUAACAGAGACAAAUAUUUAAAGCAGAGGAGGUAGAUGAGACAGAUAAUGACUGCUAAUCCAGUAACUGCUAAUCCAUAGUUUAAUGCAAGUAGGAGGAAGAGUUCAAUAGCUUAUGCUUGCAUUUCUGCUUAACUGCAGCUUGUCAUGCCAUCUGAACCAACAAACUGUCGUUCAUGUGAACUAUAGUUUGAUUAAAAUGAACUAACUUCAAAUGGUGUUUCAACAAGCCAUAGCUGACAUUAACCAUGGUUAGGGUUUAGAUGAAAUACGAAAUUGAAGUUGAUGGGGAUAGGAAGCAAAGACUUCUGGACAUCUCUCGCAGGUAGUUCAGAAGCCUGAGGCCCCAAGCACAAUCACAUCACACUAAACUAUGGUUUAGCAUGGCUUUUGAAUACUGUCAGUUACUCAAAGUUUGGAUAAUGAGGUUUCUACUGUACAAUGUCUCCUUAUGAAGCUAUUUCCAUUUAAAUCAGAAGAGGGGGUUUUCAUAUAAAAAAUCUGAAAUAAGCCUUGAGUUCCUUACCAUUUGAAAAGAUUCUCUGAUAAUAACCUGGGUAUCAGAACAACACUGAACUUGUACUGCUAAACUUGAAAAGAGGUUUAUUGACCCUUAUUCUUGUAGAGCUGUCAAAAAGCCUAAGCAUUGAAACCACCAGACAUUUUGUAUUACUUUGCUGAAUCAUGAAAAAGUGAUUGCAAAGUCCUGUUUUUUACAUGUAAGUAUUUGUAUAAGGAUUGUUAUUUCCAGUUGUAUAUUUGUAUAUAGAGGUCUAUCUUUUAUAUUUCCACAGUAUAUAUUUGUUCUCAUUCCAUCUUCACCAUUAUUAAGUGCCACCUUCCUGCACUGGGGAUUUUGUGCACACCAUGCUGUUGUGUGAUUUUACACCUGGGUAGUUGUCUUCUGCCCUCGUAGCAUACUAAAGACGAGCUCUCAUUUCUCCCCAGGUAGAUUUUCACUCAGCUCUAAUAAAUUACCUCAAGCCCCUGCUUUAUUUUUGGGCUUGUAACUACCUCACGGUAAACACGAGUUUCUCUUGGUUCAGCAGUCAAGGGUUAGAACAGAAUGUGUGCACAAACCUUGUCAGGAAAACAUCAUUCACCAGCAGUGCUCUUGAGUACUCCACAACUUCCUUGCCACUCCUGAUAUUAGUCUCAUUGCUUUUAUUCCUCCUGUGACUGUACCCUUGCCUGCCAAUGGUUAGAAAUGUCUUCUUCCUUUAUUCAUUGUAUUUUUGCUUUUUAUUCUUUAUACAGUUCCAUAGACAGGCUGAGCAGGAUGAGGAUGUUAGGAAACUGUGAGUAAAUGCACCAUAUAAACAUAUAUUCAAUUUUAUCCCAGUUUUAUCCCAGAAGCCAGGGGAUAUGGCUUCCCCUUCAGAAUUACAGUUUGUUGAGGGUACUAAGAAUACUAUGCUAACCAUCCUAUCCAUGUCCACAGUUUGCACAUUUCCUUGGGAUGACAGGAUGACUGUUAUACCACUUUUAAGUCUAAGGUAGAUACUCCUUGAAAUUAGUUGAAUGUAUCAAGACGAGUGGCUUCUCAACAUACUAGUUGGGCAUUUAGAAGAGCAAUCAAUUACUACCCCCUUUUUUAAAAAAAGUGCAGCUUUUUGUUGAACCAUCCAUCAAUUGUGCUGUACAAAGUGCUUUGCUAUCACUAGGCUCCUAGCCUAGCAUUUGGGUCAAAUAGCAAUCAUCAUAGAAUUCAACAGGGGCCAUGUGUGACCUGUGGAUUGUGGAUUGUGGUCAGUGUCCUCAACCAGUUCAGCAAUAUGCCCUAACCAGAUUCAAAGGUCAUGUCCCCUCAUGUCACCACCACAUCUAAUUGUCAUAAUUAUUUUAUAUUGUAUUUUUGUUCCUUUAUCAUGAUUUGAAUGUACAUUUACCCAGUCAGUGAGAGGAUACUUGAAGAUAUACAGAGAACAGGUUCUUACUUGCCUGUUUCUAUGACUUUAACCAUUUCAAGAUUGCCAUUUGAGCUUAGAUUUGGGAAGAGCAUUAGGACGUCUUCACCAUUACUUGUAAUGCUGAGACAAAUGAUGACUUAACAUGAACAAGUGUGAGGAUACACAGAGAGAAAAUCAUGACUGUUUUAUUCCUCUCCCAGGCCUGCUGUACUACCUGGAGCUAAUGGUUUGGCUUAGCAUUACGUAUGAAUUUAGGCUUGUGCUAAUGAAUUUAGGCUUGUGCUCACUGUAGCUAAGGUUUGCUCUUGACUUACCACUCAUAGUUUACUUGGGGGAGACAAACUACAAGCCUGGGUACACAUGUAACAUUCAGCCAAACCAUGGCUUAGCACCAGGUAGCAUAGCAGCAGUAGGACAGGGGGAGAAGGCUGCCACUUUUGCUAUGUUCACACUUCACACAUGCAUUUGCUUGUUCAUGCUUAGCUGUGGUUUGUUUUAAUGUUAUGUGCAAACCAGGCCAGAAAUACUUGUUAGGUCUGAUAUUUCUACCCAUGAAUUUGUUCCUCCUAAAGUUUCUAAUUUACAAGAAGCCACACCACCUGUAAUCUAAAGUGUCCAUAAUCAUAUUAACAGUGAGCAACAUAAUCCAAGCUCCAUUGAUUUAAGCAGAAUUGAUUUCCAAGUAAGCAUUUGGAAUGAAGAUGGGCUCAAAUAAGCCCCAAUUCCCUGAAGCAUCAGCUCCAGCCUUCCCAUGUUGAGUAAAAGUGCUCUGCUCUGAUUAACGUGGGAUCUUGGCUCCUUUUAAUCUAAACUCAUAUCCCAUCUGCUUCAUACACUUUCUUUGGGAUACAUUUGCAGGAAAUGGCAAGGCUGCCCAGGAAAGGAUAGCUGCAUGAUUAACAUGAAAUGGAGUCAACCAAUCACCUUGAAAAACAUGUAUAUGCAACCAUUUUGCAAUUACCACUCCAGGUACUGUUACCUAUUUAUUUAGCACUGUGUUGGGGAAAGUGAACCAACCCUAGGGCAAAUUGGGCAGAGAUAAAAGUAGUUUUUAGGUGUUCAUGAAAACCUAACAAGGCUGAUACAGUGGACGCUCGGGUUGCGGACGUGAUCUGUGUGGGAGGCACGUUCGCAACCUGCAGCGCCGCAUCUGCGCACGCGCGGGUCGCGAUUUGGUGCUUCUGCGCAUGCACAAAGCGCGAUUUAGCACUUCUGCGCAUGCGCGAGCACCAAAACCCGGAAGUAACCCAUUCAGGUACUUCCGGGUUCAUGCGGUGCACAACUUGAAGCGUCUGUAACCCAAGGCAUGACUGUACAGGAAGUAAACAGAGUCUAGCUAUUUAUUCAUCAAGGCAUUCUGUAUGGUGUUCAGAAGUCACCUUAGCUUUGUAUCCUGCAAGAAACAAAAGAUCAGUAAAAGCCGGAGCUGUUGAAAAUGCAACACUUCCAGCUCUGAAGCAAAUAAGUGGGGGAAUGGGCCUUUAUAAAAGUCGAUAUUUGUUGUAUGUAGCAAUGUUGAAGGACACCUUUUACUUGAUUUGUGGGCAGACAGACAUGAAAAUUUAUCCAGUGCUAUUAGCUUGAGAACACUCAACCAGAACCUUGUUUUUAGCAUCAAUAGCAUUCUGUUUAUGAGGUACUACCAGAAAGUAUUUUUGACUGGGGGCUAGUUUUAUAAAGCUCCUUUGAUAUUUAUCUUCUUAGGGAUAUACACAUUUAUAAUUCAUGGAAGGGUUUUCCCCCAUCUUUAAAGGCCAUUUCUCUUUGAUGAGCACCAUCUCCUCACAUUACUUGCUUUCUAGCCUUCCUGCAUAUAUUCAGGCCACAAUCAAACACAAGUUGAAAUAAAUAGGCUUAGGUUUGCUGAGUUCUCUACCAGAUUGUGGCCCAAGUAAAUAAACUAUCAGUGGGAUUCUGAACACACUUAGGAACAGCAGUGCAAUCCUAUGCAGCCCCAAGUAAGUGUGUUUAGGAUUGCAACCCCAUUCCCACUGAAUUCAGCAGAAUUUAUUUUUGAGGCGACAUGGAUAUGAUUGCAACUGCAUAUUGACUAGGGAUGAGGAAGCUGUAGCCCCCCAGAUGUUGUACUACGGCUCCCAUCAUCCUUUCCCAUUGGCUGUGCUGUCAAGGGCUGAUAAUAAUUGGGAAUCCAACAACCAUUGGAGGGCUACAGUUUCCCCAUCCCUGACAUAGAUACUACUGCAAUUAACCAUUUCUUCCCUGAAAUACAGUGUUACUUGUAUACUAUCUCAGUACUUUUUGAAUCAUUUUUUUUUUGCAAUCAGGGAAGCCUUCACAUGUUAAUAUUCUUAUAGGCAGUGCUAUUUUUCUAGAAAAAGAGGUGCCAGAACUCCCCAUGAACGCCUCCCUCGUUCUCUUAUAAUGGCAAUGGCGCCCACCUGAGAGAUGCCAAAACUGAGUUCUGGUGAGUUCCAGUUGGGAGAAAAGCCCUGAUUGUAGGCCUUCUGCAGACUGAGUUGGAAUGACAAGAAUGCAGCAGGAGUCAAAAUAACACUAAUACUCAAGUCUUUCUGAUCAGUCCAUUGAAAAAUGGACUAUUUUCAUAUAUGUAUAUAAAGUUUCCUAUUUGAUUCCUGUAGUGUUUAGGCAUUCCAAAAAAAAAAAAUCCUGGUCCAAGUUAGGGAUGCAGGUAUAUCCUAUUGUCACUGGUAAGGGCUGCCCCCCCCAAAAAAAACCUUAAAGUGAUCACAAAGUGCCCGCUAGUACCAUCUCACCCUACCCCAAACCUCAAAAACUUACCUUUAGGGCAAGAGGAUGCUAAGGUGUGCAGGCAGUGGUGGGCACCCCAAGGUCACAGUGGAGUAUCUUUGCCCACCAAGGGUUGGUGUGGGACUUCAAGUUGCAGAAUCCUCAGUGAGGAAAUGAUGCUAUUUGCAUCAUUUCUACUAAGGAAAAGGAAAAGGCAUGAACAGAAUUAUUUCCCCAUGCCCCUUGGGAUUCUGGGACAAGUACUCCGGGUUCCAUUCCUAGUGGGGGGAAAUGCUUUGGUAGGUUUCUGGGAGUGCCUGUCACCUCUUGAAAUGAGGUGAUUUCUUCACACACCCCUUAGUGUCAAGGACUUGAUAAUUUGAGGAUUUGCCCUGGAGUCACACAACCUGGGCAGUUCAACAGGCCUUUGGUUUUCCCUUCUAGUAAAGGGUCUUGGAGGCAGCUCUGAAUAAAGCUCUUUCUGUUAAACUAUUCCUCAUUCUUGGUGCCUGUUCUCGGAUCCAGAACUAUUACACCUCUACUGCUUUAUCCUUCCCUUGUCCCAAAGGGAAGUUCUUCAGCUUCAGAGCAGAGUAAAACGGCUGAUUUGGGGACCAAGGUAGCUCACAGAAGCAAUACUUUGAAUGCUCACAAACACUUAGAGUUGGGGUUGCAGUAUGCUUGUGGCAAACAGGUCAUAAUGGCUCCAGCACAGCUCUUUGUCAAAAGAAGGUGUGCGUGAUAUAUUUAAAUAGUCUUAUAACAAAGACAUUCACAUGAAUAGGAGAAGAGUUGAUCAUUAACAUGGGGGUGGGCUACAUGGGGUCAGGCAUAACCAAGGAGAUAAGGUUGAUUUCGUUGUAUUGCUUUACGGAGAUUGGCUGCAGUCCUGUGCACACUUAUAUGGGAGUAAGUGCCAUUGAACUGAGAGGGCCUUACUUCUGAGUAGACAUGUUUAGGACCUUUAGCCACACUACAUGAUAGAUAUUUCCCACUCAUUAGAUUCCAGGAUUCAUUGCUUCCCCACCCCCAGCAUCUUUUUGCUUGCUAGCAAUUAUGUGUUUGUUUGUGUAUAUUAUAUAUGCAAUCCAGUGUGGGGUUUUUUAUUUUAGAAAACAGUGCUAAUGUGCAUUGCUAACAGAAAUUAUUUACAAGUCUCAAUUAUGUUUCUACAUCUUUGAAGUUUUGCUUGUGCUGACAGAUGUGAGCAUAACAGAUUCCCCUCUAGAGUUUAGAGUCACUCUUACUGUCGGCAUUUUAAAAUGUACUUUUGACAUUUUGCCAUUUCUCUGUUUUCUUACUGCAAGUUAUUUUGUCUUUCAUUUCCAUUUUGAAUUCUUAUGUAUUCGGGGGAGGGAGUAUUUCGAGAGGAAAUGUGCCUGGGGAUAUUUUAAAGCUUAAACAAUAAAUGUAUACAGGGUUUUUUCCCUUCCAUAUUCUCUCUCUCUCUUUCUUAUUUUCAGUAACAGUAUGCAUAGGUUAUUCUUUGUUCCAUCAGUGUUGAUAUACAAAACAUCUUCCAAAAGAACCGGAUUGCUGUACUUGAUUGAACUUAAAGGUGCUUCUACAUGUUACCUUCAUUGUAAUGUAUCAUGUCCACCUGAUGGUGGGGGACCUGUUGAUCUCCGGAUGUUGCUGGAGUUCAUCUUGCAUAAUCCCACAGCUUCCAUUCAUUUAAGCAGAGCUAACAUAAGUUCUUUGGCCACCUCAUGAGAAGAGAAGACUCCCUGGAAAAGACCCUGAUGUUGGGAAAGAUGGAGGGCACUAGGAGAAGGGGACAACAGAGGACGAGAUGGUUGGACAGUGUUCUCAAAGCUACGAACAUGAGUUUGACCAAACUGUGGGAGGCAGUGGAAGACAGGAGUGCCUGGCGUGCUCUGGUCCAUGGGGUCACGAAGAGUCGGACACGACUAAAUGACUAAACAACAAAACAUAAGUUCAAACAUUCACUCAUGCAUCAAGUUUAUAACUGAUUACAUGAAACCUGGUAGUACUAUAGGAAUAAUAGAAGCAUCACUGGCAUCAGCGCUGGAUUUAGGGUGGUGCAGGUGGUUUUCCUGCAUAGGGCACCAAGCCAAGGGACCGAAUAAUAAUAAUAAUAAUAUCAGUGAUAAUAACUAAACCCACAUUUAUAUGGAUACCUACUGAGAAGAUCCAUAAAAAGCAACUGAAUCAAAAGGAAUUAUUGUGGAAAUAAUAUAUAUUUAGGUGGUGAGCACCAAAUCUUGUCCUUGUUCAGGGCACCAUAUUACCGAAGUCUGCCCCUAGUGGCAUGAAUACAUGAGUAUUUCAGACUUACUGUACAAAAUAAUAUCAGGCAACAGUUCUUUCCCAAACCCCAGACAGAUACAACAUAACUGUCUACAACUUGCUCCAGUUCAAUACAAACGACUCUUAGGUUUUCAAAACUCUGAGGAUCCUUCAGUCUAUAUCCUGCCAAGGCAUUUGUUAAGAAUAUAUGUUGCUUUUGCAAAGUUUUUCUUUCAUUUCUCUUCAGGGUCAUUAGGGUCUGAGUGGGAAUGAAUGCUAAUAGCACAAUAUAGUAUUCUGGGUAAAUACAUGCUUCUCGUUUUCAUGCUGAUCAGAUAGUUCAAUAUGUUAUACUCUGUCUACACUCCUUCUGUAUAAACGUCAAGCCAUGUCUUUGCCUUAUGGAUGCACCUGCUAUUUGUGUAACAAAUUUUAAUUACAGAAAUGAUUCCAUGCUGUUGGGGGGAGGCAACCCCUUACAAACAUGUGCAGAGGUUCCUGGGCAAGCAUAAUGGAAAGCAUCUUUUAUAAAAAUGUUGGGUUUUGAACAUUUUUGUGCUAUUCAGGAGUCUAGCUACAUUUUCUCUGUUCAUCCUGCAAACUGUUUAAUGAAGAAUAUGCACACUUCCAAACGACACAGCAUUCAUCUGCUUUAUUGAAGGUAUGUUUCUGGCUGACCACAGAUGUCUCUGGUCCUAAGGCUGAACAUGAAGGGAAAAGGACUGUCAAAAAAAUGUGAGUUUUGGGUUACAUUUUGCAGUGUUAGGCCUUAUAACAAGUAGGACCGUUGCUCCAUCUAGCACCAUAUUGUCUACACUGACUAGCAAUAACCCUCCAUGAUUUUAGACCAAGACUCUCCCAGCCCUACCUAGAGAUGGUAGGGAUUGGACCUGGGACCUUUUGCAUCCAAAGCAUGUUGCUCUACCACUUUGUGUAUGAGCUUCAUUCAUUUUAAUGUCUUUUACAUUUUUGUUGGAAGCCACCCAGAGUAUCUGGGGAAACCCAGCCAGAUGAGCGGGGUAAGAAAAACAUUUUUUGCUGUCUAUAUUGCAGUCCCCAAGAUAGAUGCUACCGCAACCAGACCAGGGAAGAAGAAAAGAAACCAACCUGGUGUAUGCCCCUGUGCCUUCAAUGGCAGCUUGAUCUGCCAAAACACUGCUCUUUGUAUACUUGCAUUAUCUAAUCCAGUUAGCUAAGUACCCCUACUUUUGGAAAUUUUUAUAUCUCUAUGGUAGUUUUUGUUAUAUGAAUGGUGCCACAGAACCCCUGGUGGGUUCCACGGAUGCCCAUGGGUCACCAGUUGGGAACCACUGAUCUAAUCCACAACCGAAACCUUGCGUAUAACAAAGCUACUGAUAUUUUUAGAAGAGGGUGGGUGAUGGUUCCUCUGGCAAUAAGUAUUAGAAGGCUGGGCUUGACACAGAGAAGGCCAUGCUAGUCCAUGUGAGACUGUGCUUGGAUGGCCCUAAUGCAGGCAUAGGGAACCUGUGACCCUCUAGUUCUUAAACUGCAAUUCCCACCAUCCCACACUCAGUCAUGGUCUAAUUCAGGCAUCCCCAAACUUCGGCCCUCCAGAUGUUUUGGACUACAAUUCCCAUCUUCCCCGACCACUGGUCCUGUUAGCUAGAGAUCAUGGGAGUUGUAGGCCAAAACAUCUGAAGGGCCGCAGUUUGGGGAUGCCUUGGUCUAAUUUAUAAGGCCAGGCUGUGUAACUAUAAUAAAUAUGAAGUGCCCGCUAGAAACAUGCUGUACUUGGUUGACUGCUUUCUUUCCUUCAUUGUGUUCUGUUGUUGUUGUUGUUUUACUUUGUAUUUGCAAAAUAAUUUAUUUAUUAUUUUGUGGGUGAGUGGGGAACCCUAUGAGAUUUAGAAAUAAUGACUUCCCCAAAUUCACCAUUAAUAUCCUUGCCUAACUGGAGAUUUGAACCCAAGUCUGUUUAGUACAAGUCCAGCAAUGACUAAUUGCUAUUGGCAUGCUUGGGGUGUGUGUGUGUGUGUGUGUGUAUGUAUGUGUGUGUGUGUGUAUCCCUGGUAGAAGAAAAUAAAUGAUGGCAUGCUGCUGGGAUACUAACUCUUGCAAGAAAUAUGGCUGUAUUGGAAAAUACAUUGGAAGAUUAAAAGUGCAGCCAUUAGAAUCAAUUUAGUUAAUGCACUGGUACCAAGUAAGAUUUUUCUUCAGCAACUCCCGCUGCUAAGCCUGUUCUGCCUACCCCAUGAUGGGCUACUUCGAGCAACAAUUGAGGAUGCACACCAUGGCAUACAUGUAUACAUACUGGAAAAUGUUGUAAUGAAAUUAUAAUAUGCUGUGAUAGUUCAUGGUCUAAAGAGUUCUUUCCUUUGCUUUCAAAAGCACCCUUUAAAAAUAUUAUCAUUCUGCAGCAGCAUUUUCUCAACUCUUUAUCUUGUAAAUGCUUUUGGACACACAGACCAUGGGAUUAAUUAUAUAUCGUGAGCAACAAUUCAUGAAUAUUUAACACACUCAUUUAUUCUUAAUGAAGAAUUAUGCAUUUUGACAGUGUUAUUUAAUGUGUUUUAAGGAAAUACUGCUCAUUACCUUUCCAUUUUUUAUUUUAGAUUUGCGGAAUGGAAUCAGAAUAAUAAGGGGGAUAGAUGGAGCUGUUAUUUUAAAUGUCAUUGUUCCUCUGUUUGUUUUUAGAUAUUUCUUUUAUUCAAAUAUCUGCUCAUUGGGGGGGGGGGGCAGAGUUAUGACGUUUCUGUCUGUUUGAGUCAUAACUCGGCUAUUAUAUUAAAUCAUGAAUCUUCCAGGCACAGUUAGGCAAAUCAGUUUAAAUAACAAUAUAGUUUUGGAGUCUAACUUGGGCUUCUGUCUGCUAAAAACAACAACUAAGAACAACAACCUAUAUCAGAGAGAGAAAUGUCAUAGUGGGAGAGGGAAAACAGUAGACUAAAUUCUAAAACCAUGAUCAUGAAUGGCCCAAAAGAUUUCCAUGCCAGGGACAAAGCAAAGGGCAAGAUGGCACCCCUAUCAUCCCCAUUCCACAUUCAGAAUCUGCCUGCGCUGGCAGUUGCAUUUUAUUUAAUCUCUUCUGGGGCAAAAGCACCACACCUGAAGACAGCUACCUAGCUUCAGAUGCAAAGCAAGUUGUGUGGUUCCCAGUAGUCUGACUUCCAAGAAAGAUGAGGAGGGGAGCUCAUGAGGAAUAGGUGGGAAGGCUAUCUGGUAUCUGCUGUCUGAAGUGGCUGGUUCACUCUGCCUAAUGUUAGGGCCGGUCCUAACAGUGGUUAUCUAAGUGUCAUGGUGAGGAAACACCAGCCAGGAUGGUGUACACAAACCACAGAACAAAAGAGCCCCACACUGGAACCAGCAGUCAGAUUGAAAGUAAUAUAAUUAUCCAAAUGGAGGUUUGAACUUUGACUCACUUUUAAUAGGGUUUCUUUCUAAAGAAAUUCUGGGCUGAAUUAAAUUACCUGAGUUCUAAACAAUCCUCAGACUGUAUCUAUGCCUACAUCUGUCAAUGUACAGAAAGAGAAAGAGAGGCCUGUGGUGCAGGGAGAAUGAGGCAGCUGGCAUCCAAAAUCAGGAACAGCAUUUGAGAGCUUCACAUUCAACAGGCAAACUCUGCAUUGUAAAGCCUCAUGACCUGACCUAAAGAAUAUCACCAGCCACUGCUACCCAAUUGGCAUACUGCCUUUUCCUGCUACACUUGGACCCUGCAAAAUUAGCCACCAGGCAGCCAGUCUGGUUCCAAUUUGUGAAGGUAAACUACUUCCUACAUGCAGCUCUACAAUUUCAGGGAAAGCAUGUUCGGAUCUCAAUUAUGUUUCCCAGGCUAUUUGCUGCUGAAAUCGCUGCACUCUGCGCUUCCAUUUUGAUAAGGAAGGAAAGCAAUAAUAAAAAAAUUCCAAUCUUUUGCCAUAGGGGAAAUCUUGAAUUUGUGGAAGGGGGUGACUGAUUAUAUGCAUCACGAAACAAAAUGCAUAAUUAAACAGUAGCAACUCUCUAAACAUAAUCUACUCUUCUUCUGAGAAGCUGAAAGCACUGAUGUUCCACCAUCACGAAGUAUUAAAAUUUCCUUCUUGCAAUCAGCCUGGAAGCUUGCCAGAUAAAAAGGUAUUUGCUGAACAGACAUAAAAGAAACAGCUUAAUCUCCCCAGUGCCACACCUCUGUAUGAGCCCAGAAAAGGAUCUUAUAAAAGAAUUGCCUGCAUAUGUAUGCAGAGAACAGUCAAUGGUAUACUUAGAGGAAAGCAUCCCAUCUGUCCUACUUGGUGGAGAUGUCUUCUCUGUAAGCUUGCAGGAAAACAUCAAAGAAAGAUUAAACUUGUCUUUUCUCCCCAUCACUUUGAUGGUUUGAAGUUUCCCUGUGCAUCUUUUCUGCAUGCCCUUCUUUUAAAAAAAAAGUAAGGCAAAGAGAAUAGAGAUGAUAAAAGAUACUUUUCUGAAAAAGCAAAACAGGGAGCUCCACUGUUCUUUUGCUUAUUAUAAAGGCAAACAAGCAGUAUAGUCUCCAAAGAAAUCAUUUUAAAAACAUUUAAAGAGGGCCAGCUGAAUUGCAUCCUAGAGGAACACACUGGUUCAUUCUCACAUCCUCUGUCUAUAAUUUUUGGGAAAUGCUGGGAGUUCAGAAGAGAUGCUGCAGAAAACAGGCAAGUAACCAAGUCUUCAAAAAGGAGGAUUCAGGUAACCAUAGGGUGAACAAUCUUGACAGUUUCUGGCUAGUGUGCCAAAAUGGAACUGGAUUCUGCAGUAAGUGGUACAUUCCUUCUGUCUACAUGGAUUAAUAUGUAUUUUGACAAAGAUGCUAAAACUCUGGAGGACGCUAUAAUGCAAGCAAUUUGUAAGCAACGUGAUAAUAACAAAGUGACGUCCAGAAGCCAGAAUGGAUUUGUCAAGAAUAAAUUCUGCCAGACUAAACUUAUCUCUCUUUUCCACUAAGCUAGUAGCUUAGUGGAUUGUAGGAAUGUUAUGAGUGUAAUUUAUCUUGAUUUCAUCAAAGCGUUUGACAGAGUUCCGUGUAAUAUUUUUGUUAACAAACUCUUUGAAUGUAGCUUAGAUUGGAAUACAAUCAAGCAGAUUCGAAGUUGGUUAUUAAACCCCACCCAAGGAAUAUGUGUCAGUGGCUCUGGCUUAGCAAUAGUGAAAGUGACCUUGAGAUGGCAUUUAGUUACAAACAUAAGCUGGCAGUGUGAUGCAGCUGCACACACAAAAAAAACCCAACCCUAAUGCAAUUUUAGACUUCAUUAAUAUAGCUAUAGUUUUCAAGUAACAAGGAAUAUUAAUUCCACUUUAGUCCUCACUAGUCAGACACCCUCUUGAAUUCUGUGUUCAGCUCUGGUCAGUGCACAUCAAGAAACCAAAGAAAUUGGCUUAGAGGAGAGCAAUGAAGACUGCCAUGUGUAUAGAAAACAUAUCCAAUGAGGAAGUAAGUUUGAAGGAAGUGGAUAUGUAAAGCCUUAAAAAAAGAAGACUUAAUGUGGACACGAUAACACUCCUCAAAUACCGGAAAGCCUUAUUCUCUACUACCUCAAAGCCUACCCUCAAAGCGAAGGACUAGAUCGGAUGAGCUUGCUCUUAAUAGUCACAGCUGUUUGAUAAUGGAAAGCUAGGGUUUCCCUUAUUGGAGGUCUUUAAGCAAGGGCAGGAAAUCCUUCUAUUGGAGGUCUGAAUUUCCAGGGUCAAGCAGGAUUGGACUAAAUAGCCUAUGAGACCCCCUCCACCUCUGUGCUGUGAAAGAAGAUCCCUUGAGCUCUGUUGCUUUAUUUGUAGUGUUUUGCUGUGUGGUGUUAAAUAUAAAUGUAUAAUUUUUUAUUAACUUUUUCAUUCGUAUACCACCCUUCAUCUGUAGAUUUCAGAGCAGUUCACAACAACAUAAAUUUUAUGUA